AUGGCGGACAGCGAGUUCUCCCCCAAGUUCGCUCCGUUCUUUUCCUUCGCAGGUAUUGCGGCAGCUAUGAUCUUCGGAUCAAUGGGAGCCGCAUACGGAACGGCGAAGUCAGGAAUUGGUAUCUCCGGAGUGGGAACCUUCAGGCCGGACCUGAUCAUGAAGUCCUUGAUUCCCGUUGUCAUGUCCGGUAUUAUCGCAGUUUACGGCCUCGUCAUCUCGGUCCUCAUCGCCGGUGACAUGGAUCCUCCCCCGAACAAGCAUAUGAGCCUUUACACUGGCUUCAUGCACCUUGCUGCGGGGUUGUCGGUUGGCCUCGCAGGCGUGGCUGCCGGUUAUACUAUUGGUGUUGUCGGAGAUGCGGGUGUUCGUGCGUACAUGCAACAAUCUCGUGUUUAUGUCGGUAUGAUUCUUAUCUUGAUUUUUGGCGAGGUUCUUGGUCUCUACGGAUUGAUUGUUGGCUUGAUUCUCAACUCCAAAAGCUCUGGCUGA